GUCGGAUGGAAUCAUCGUAGCGCUCCGGGGGCUGAGGGGAGGGGGGCGGAGGCAGAGGCUUUGUAUAAGGAGAUGCCUCUGAGCUCGCGCCCGGCCAGUCGGUGGAGCGGAGACUGGCGGCAUAGUCACAGAGCGUGCCUGUCUGCAGCCGAGCGCAGGAAUGGGGAGACGGGACGCCAUGGCUGGAAGCCUCUUAUGGGAAUGCUCUCCGCCGUCACCGUCGUGGUCAUCGUGGUAGCGCCGUGGUGACAACAUGCCGCUGAAAUGGAAGAGCGGCUCUCCCGCUAGCUGGAAAUUCCCUGUCCCUGUGCUCAAAACGUCGCGUUCCUCUCCCCUCUCCCCCACGUACAUCCACCAUCACUCCUUUGUGGUCUGGACAACUCACUCUCUGCUCGCUGCUGCUCCGACAUGCCACGUGACCGGAUCCCUCGUGGAUGAGGACGACCCUCACAUGAAAGUGUCCUUGGGGACAGCCGACAUGGGCGUGUCCGCCCACCUCCAGGCCUCCAAGACGGGCAACACCCGCUUCUUCACGAGCAACACGCACAGCUCUGUCGUCCUACAGGGGUUCGACCAGCUGAGAAUAGAGGGCCUGCUCUGUGAUGUAACCCUUGUCCCCGGGGAUGGAGAGGAGGCCUUUCCGGUCCACCGGGCAAUGAUGGCAUCCUCCAGCGACUACUUCAAAGCAAUGUUUACAGGUGGGAUGAAGGAACAGGACUUGAUGUGCAUCAAGCUCCAUGGUGUCAACCGAAUAGGCCUGAAGAAGAUAAUCGACUUCAUCUAUACUGCCAAGCUCUCGCUCAACAUGGAGAACCUGCAGGACACGCUGGAGGCGGCCAGCUUCCUCCAGAUCCUCCCCGUUCUGGACUUCUGCAAAGUCUUUCUCAUAUCUGGGGUCUCACUGGACAACUGUGUGGAGGUGGGCCGCAUUGCCAACACGUACAACCUCACCGAGGUGGACAAGUACGUCAACAACUUCAUCCUGAAGAACUUCCCCUCACUGCUGGCCACUGGUGAGUUUGUCAAGCUGCCCUUUGAGCGGCUGGCCUUUGUGCUCUCCAGCAACGGCCUGAAGCACUGCAGCGAGCUGGACCUGUUCAAGGCGGCGUGCCGCUGGCUGCGCUACGAGGAGGGCCGCAUGGAGCACGCGCCCCGGCUGAUGAAGAACAUUCGCUUCCCGCUCAUGAGCCCGCAGGAGCUCAUCAACCACGUGCAGACGGUGGACUUCAUGCGCACUGACAACACCUGCGUCAACCUCCUCCUGGAGGCCAGCAACUACCAGAUGAUGCCCUACAUGCAACCGGUGAUGCAGUCGGAGCGCACGGCCAUCCGCUCGGACUCCGCCCACCUGGUGACGCUGGGCGGAGUCCUGCGGCAGCAGCUGGUGGUCAGCAAAGAGCUGCGCCUCUACGACGAGCGGGCACAUGAGUGGAAGGCGCUGGCCCCCAUGGAUGCACCGCGCUACCAGCACGGCAUCGCCGUCAUCGGCAACUUCCUGUAUGUGGUGGGUGGCCAAAGCAACUAUGACACCAAGGGCAAGACAGCGGUGGACACGGUGUUCCGCUACGACCCACGCUACAACAGGUGGAUGCAGGUGGCCUCGCUCAACGAGAAGCGCACCUUCUUCCACCUCAGCGCCCUCAAGGGGCACCUGUACGCCGUGGGCGGGCGCAACGCUGCCGGGGAGCUCGCCACAGUGGAGUGCUACAACCCCAGGACGAACGAGUGGACGUACGUGGCGAAAAUGAACGAGCCUCACUACGGCCACGCCGGGACAGUCUAUGGUGGCUUCAUGUACAUUUCAGGUGGCAUCACCCAUGACACUUUCCAGAAGGAGUUGAUGUGCUUCGACCCCGAUGCGGACAAGUGGACUCAGAAGGCGCCCAUGACCACGGUGCGCGGACUGCACUGCAUGUGCACCGUGGGCGACCGGCUCUACGUGAUCGGCGGGAACCACUUCCGGGGCACCAGCGACUACGACGACGUGCUGAGCUGCGAGUACUACUCGCCCUCGCUGGACCUGUGGACACCCAUUGCAGCCAUGCUGCGUGGCCAGAGCGACGUAGGCGUGGCCGUCUUCGAGAACAAGAUCUACGUGGUGGGUGGCUACUCCUGGAACAACCGCUGCAUGGUGGAGAUAGUGCAGAAGUACGACCCGGAGAAGGACGAGUGGCACAAGGUGUUCGACCUGCCCGAGUCGCUGGGCGGGAUCCGUGCCUGCACCCUUACCGUGUUCCCCCCUGAGGACAAUACGGGUUCCCCCUCCAGGGAGUCGCCACUCUCUGCUCCCUGAUCAGAAGGGGGCCUCACCACCCUGCCCACCCCCCGGAACCCAACACCCCACCCAUCCAAUCCCAGUGUCACUGUUUGCACUUCCUCUUCCGGACUACACCCAGGAAACGUGGUCCGUGGGCAGAGUGCCACAAAAACGCUACAGAGGGGCUGAUGGGAAUUGAAGUCUGGAGCUCGUCUGAUAUACUGCCCAGCUUCUUACUUUGGACUCCACCUCCCGUCAAUCCCUCUACGAACUUUAGGUGACUCUGUGCUUAUGUAACACAGUCCUGUACUGCUGCCCCCCCUCUCCCCACCUCCCAAUCCUAACUCGAUAAACUAUUUAUACUGGGCUGCUAGGCUGGCCUUCAGUUUGUGCUCAGCUGAAAAACAACUCAUACCUGCGAAGCCUUUCUGCCAGGGUCUCCUUAUGAAUGGCAAAGGGGCCAAUGCCCUUGUUGCAGCACGGGAACGUUGCAUACUCGGCUGUUUUUGGAAUUUGUUUGGCAGUAUUGCCAGUAACUAACACUGCAUGAGAGGAGUGGAACAGGAAGGAAGGGUUUCUGUAAUGUUUAUUUGAGUUUAAUCAGCCUUGUUCCUCUCCAGGUUAUGUCAGUGAGUCAGCAGAUUGGGGGCGUUGUUGAUGUACAGUGCAGAUUUGUUUUUGUUUCAUUUUUUGUUAAAUUUAUUUUUUAAUCUUCAUCUGCAGAAGCACUGGGGCCGUGGACCCACAGAAGGAGAUAAAAAUGUUUUAAUCUCAGGAGUUGGCCAGCAAACACCCCAACCUCCCCUUGUGCCCCCC